AUGUUGACUGAAUACUACAUAUUCCGUUUGAUUGUUGGUUGUUUAGCAGCUGCCUUUGGGAUACCCGGCAACAUAACCAUCAUCGUCGUCUUCGCUCGUCUAGGAGUUAAAAAUGCCACCGACAUCACGUUCAUGGCCCUCGCCGUUGUCGAUCUCAUCGCUAGCAUCAUCAACGGUAUGAAGAUCGUGAUGGUUUUCUUUCAUGGAGACCAUCCCUGGGCUUGUUUCAUCGAGGUCAUUGCGACCAGGUCGGCCCUCUACGCUGGCCUCUUCCUGACCAUCUGGAUAGCGUUCUACCGCUACCAGGCUGUCUGUAAGCCAUUCGCUAGACGAAUCGGACGACGAGCCGCCGUCUUUAUAUCGGUCGCUUGCACCGUUGUCGCUUUCGGGCUCCAUGUCCCGUUCUUCUUCAUCACGACAUCGAUAAAACUCCGCAACGAAUACGGAUGCAAUGUUUACGGCAGUGUACCCUGGGGGCGUGACGUGUAUGCAAAAGCCCAAGCCGUUGUGUUUUGUGUUUCUGCCUUAGGUAUUUCCGUCUUAUACCUUCGCAUCUACAAGUUCAUUCGGGCCCACCAGAUUAUCCGCCAACAGAUGAUCACCGGAUCUGCUGCGUUUGGUGGUCAACCACGCGUUCGAGCUUUGGACGAUGUCGUGUCAUCGCCAGGAUCCAUUCCAUCAGUAAGUGGUGCAGUGUCCUCAUCAGUUGGUUCCUUCUCGACUUCGGCAGAGCCCGUUGGAACCAAAGCCCAACCAAGCACUGUUCAUGAUGGACCAAACACGCAGGAAACCCAACCAACCAAUGUUCAUGUUGGAACCAGCAACCAUACAACCCAACCAACCAACCACACGCUAAAGCCAUCAUCAAAGAAGCUUCGGAACCGCCCAUCUGACCACAAAACCACUCAAGUUGUCAUCAUCAUCACCGUCAUAUUUUUCCUCCUGUGGCUGCCCAACAUCGUGCUUGAUCAGAUUCCAGGUGAUAUUUUCACUCGCCUCAUUCAGAAGACCCAUGUCACCAUCUAUUUCUUCUACCAAAUUAAAUACAUCAGCCAUAUCACCAACGUCUUCGUUUAUCUGUUCACCUAUCGGCGCUUCAGACUGGCGUUCUGUAAGCCAUGCAAUUAAUGUCUGAUUACGGUUUGAUUCCAUUUAUAAUAAACAGAUGUAUGAAGUUAACAACUAAAUUAUUCCUAAUUGUACCAAAAAACAUUCUAAGUAUAGAAAUAUUUUUAAAUCCCGAUUUACGUUUCUGAAGAAUGUGAAUUAA